AGUACGAUUCCAGUGAAGUGGAACAUGCGGAGACCCGCUUAAAAACAGCCGUGCUUGGCCCCGCCUAACGCUUUAGGUUUCAUCCUUGCUACAUACGAGGGUCGACUAUGGAUUUCAGGCUUCUCGCCGCGUCCAUUCUGCUCUUUGCGGCCAGCAUAGGAUACGCACAAGCACAAGGGGGCCUCUUGGAGAUUGUGCAAUCGCUUAUCGACGAGAAGAUCACCGACGCCCAGACAAAGCAGCUAGUCAUCUCUAAGUUGCCAGACAUUCAGGUCUGCAUCAUGAGUAUGGCCUCCAUGACACCUCAAGUUGCCAUGCAGGUAAUUGACCAGAUGAUACCGGCCCUAAACAAUUGCGGAGUGCAGCUGUCGUCCGCUCCUGAUGAUCAGAAAGCGAGCGUGUACGCCAGUUGCUCGCAAGAGGCGGUCGCCAAAGUGAAGACUGCCACCGGUAUGGGUGCCGACGAUGCGAAAAUUUUUGACGACGGAAUGGCAUGUCUGCAAAAGGCUCUCGGUUUCUAGGAUUCCAUGCAACAACGCUUUUCGUUGCCGUUACAGCAUACCGAGCCGUAGAUUAACAACGAGAGUUUAGAAGGUGAUAAGGCACGGCCGCUGAAUAAAAUACGCUUCUUGCAGUACACAUUGUAGAGAACGCGUUUUGGGAAUUAAAGUAUUGGAAUUUAUCAUCCGGGAUGCUAUAGAAAAUUUUAUCUGGAGUUCCUAACCUUGAAUUUUCUUGGUGUGUCGUUAUUGACGUAUGUUAACCACUCAUGAAGGAUAUAU